GGACUGGCAAGAAGCAGGAAGCCUUACCUCUGAGAUCUCUGCAUUCUUCCCUGGAGCUGAAAUCUCUGCUUUCUGGAAGCCAGCUCUGUAUGUGCGGGUCCCGCUUGGGUCAGAGCCAGGACUCCACAAAGGUCCUGCCUUUUGCUGGCUGCAGGUGCCAUUAGGUCUCAUCCUCCCCAUCUGACCUCAGGGAGCCUGGAUUCAGAGGGCAUGGCCCCUGGGAGCAGCCGAGCCCCAGCCCAGGAGACAGUGACCUUUAAGGAUGUGGCUGUGGACUUCACCCAGGAGGAGUGGGACCUCUUGGACCAUCCUCAGAAGGAAUUAUACAAGGAGGUCAUGGUGCAGAAUGCCCGGAACCUGCUCUCCCUGGGGCUUCCAGUUCCCAGAGAAGAUGUGAUCUCCUAUUUUGAGCAAAGGGAAGCACCAUGGAUGCUGGAGCAAGAAGGCCUGAGGAGCCUCUGUCCAGAAAGAGAAAUCAGACUUGAAGUGAAGAAGACUCCUGCAGUCCUAAACCUUUCUGUGGAAGAAACUCAGGAGCAAAGAUUGAUGGGUGAUGGUCCCUGUGACUUCACUUGGAGAGAAAUCUCUGCUCUUCAUUGGGGAAUUCACACUGGAGAGAAACUUUAUGAAUGCAAUCAAUGUGGAAAGGAUUUCAUAGUCAGCUCCAGACUUAGAGUACAUGAGAACAUCAACACGGGAGAGAAACCUUAUGAAUGUAAUCAGUGUAGAAAGGCUAUUACAAACAUGGCCAAUCUUAGAGUACAUCAGGGAAUCCACUCUGGAGAGAAACCUUAUGAAUGUAAUCAGUGUGGAAAGGCUUUUACAAAGAGGGCGAAUCUUAAUGUACAUCAUAGGAUCCACACUGGAGAGAAUUCUUAUGAUUGUAAUCAAUGUGGAAAGGCUUUUAGACAGAGAACUCAUCUUAAUAAACAUCUGAAAAACCACACUGGAGAGAAACCUUAUGAAUGCAAUCAGUGUGGAAAGGCUUUUACACGGAGGUACCAUCUUAUGCUACAUCAGAGAAUCCACACUGGAGAGAAACCUUUUGAGUGUAAUCAGUGUGGAAAGGCUUUUACACAGAGUGCCAAUCUUACCCUACAUCAGAGAAUCCACACUGGAGAGAAACCUUUUGAGUGUAAUCAGUGUGGAAAGGCUUUUACAAACAGUGGCAAGCUUAGCUUACAUCAGAAAAUCCACACUGGAGAGAAAUCUUAUGAAUGUAAUCAGUGUGGAAAGGCUUUUACACAGAGGACCAAUCUUACCCUACAUCAGAGAAUCCACACUGGAGAGAAACCUUUUGAAUGCAAUCAGUGUGGAAAGGCUUUUUCCCACAGAUCCUGUCUAGUGAAUCAUCAGAGAAUCCACACUGGAGAAAAACCUUAUGAAUGCAAUCAGUGUGGAAAGGCCUUCAGAGUCAGCUCCACUCUCAGGAUACAUCAGAACAUCCACACUGGAGAGAAACCUUAUGAAUGCAAUCAGUGUGGAAUGGCCUUCAGAGUCAGCUUCAGUCUUAGAACACAUCAGAACAUCCACACUGGAGAAAAACCUUAUGAAUGUAAUCAAUGUGGAAAAGCUUUCAGAGUUGGCUCCAGUCUUAGAAUACAUCAGAACAUUCACACUGGAGAGAAACCUUAUGAAUGUGAUCAGUGUGGAAAGGCUUUUACACAGAGGAUUCAUCUUAAUAAACAUCAGAGAAUCCACACUGGAGAGAAGCCUUAGGAAUGUAAUCAGUUUGGAAAGGAUAUUAGAGUCAGCUGCAGUGUAGUUAAACAUCAGAGAAUCCACGCUGGAGAAAAUACAAUCCACGUGUUAAAGCCAUCAGGCAAAAGGCAGCCCUCUUUUCACAUCAGAGAAUUCAUAUAAGAUAUAAAUCUCAUCACUGACAUGAUUGAGGAGAGGCAUGUAAAUGGAAUAUAGAGUUUUGUAGACAGCAGAAAAUUCUGCAUACAAGCCAUUUAUGGAUUCAGUGUAAGAAGGCCUUCAACCAGAAAUCGUCUCAUAUCCUCUCCUCAAUGGAUUCUGUUAACAAGAUUUUUACUGAGCCAUUCUCUACCCUGAGAAUCCUUGGAGUCACACAAAGCAGGCCUAGAAACUGGAGUGCCAGUAAUCAGAUUGUUUAAUCGAUGUCAGAAUGAGGAAUGUUCCCUUAGCUGAAGUAAAAGCAUAGGUUUUAUUUUUAAAUCCCAACAGGGGAAGGAGGGCAGAAGGUGGUUACAAAGAAUCCUUUAGUGGUUUCUCACAAGAAAUCCAGAAGUCCCACAACAAAAUUCUGGAGCCAUGUCUUUGGGGGUGAUAACCCCCUCCCCUAAAGUAGAGAACCAGAGUUCUGUGAGAGGAAUAGUUUCUCCAACUUUGAUCCACUUCCCUGAAGGUCCAGUGAUUGUGAUCUUUGUCAGUUUUGAUUAAUCGAUUUUAGCUACAUUGUGAGCUCUGAGUGCCAAGCCAGACAGCCAGCUCUUGAAAAAAGUAAAUAAUUAGUAUAUUUAUUAUACAUAUCACAUUGAUUAAUAUGAAAAUUAUAAAUUCCUUUCUCAAUACAUACUAGGAAGAAAUUAUGAAUGUGUACCACAAGGACAUGGCUUUCUCUGGAACAUGGAGGUUACUGGUGAAGGAUAAAUUUUCUCUAAUUAUACCAGAAUGCUGAAAUAAGUCAUGGCAUCCCACCAGGUUGAAAAACUAAAAACGGAGGAAAUAGGGUCAUAAACUCUAGAACUGAGUAAUGAAGACACCUGGAUGUUGUCAAAAACAGAAUGUCUCCAGAAUUAUGCAAUUAACUCGCAUCAAUAUUAUGUCAACUGCAGGAAAAUGUUUGAUGACAGGAAGAAAUGAGAGGUGUUUGAUCAAGGGUGUAAAAAGUGGGGUGAUUUGAGUAAAUUUUGUGGUCUCGUGUAGGCCACUUAUAUGUAUGUAUUAGCCUAUGUUCAGGCUACUGCCUAUGACAAUCAAGAAACUUCUCAUUCACUGAUUUUUGUAACCCAACAGUCAUGCUGAUCAGGAAGGCUUUCCCCUGAUGGACUUGAAGAGUAGGACCAUUGUGUAAAAAAGCAUCUGCUUCUAGGAAGGUAAGUGGUGCUGCCAUUUCUAUUUAAUCAGCCUCCCAUGUUUGUUCCUGCUCAACUAGCUUGGCAGGGGAAUGGAAAGGAGCAACCAACCACACAAGAAGCUCCUGGGCUGAUAGUCACAUACAAUCCAAGGCUCUGGACAGUCAAAGGGACCUCCUGAAACUCCUCUACAGUAGAUGGUUUGUGUCUUGGUAAAUCUAAAUAGACUGUUUACUGUGGCCAGAUCAACUAAAGCAAACAGGGUGGAAAUGAACACUUGCUGAAUUUGCAAAGCCUGCAAGAAGACAAUCUAUCUCUUUGUUUUUCUAACUCUGCUCAAGCAGAGAAGAGACACAUAAGGGGGCAACAAUUUUUUUUUCCAGUCUACAGAAAUUUAUAGUGUCAUUAAGGAAAAUUUAAAUUUAUGACUUUAAGAAGGCAGGUGGAGCCCUGAUGUCCCAGUAAGGGCAGAAACUCACUUGAACGCUCCCAAGUCCUCCUCAAAACAAUGAAAUGAUGCUUUGAAUCCAAUUCUAGAUAGGAAGAAGAAACAAAAAGUCAGAAUGAAACAGUGUUCGAACCCAAGACAACUUAGGAGGCCGCAAGUAAAAUGAUGAUGGUUGGGCCUGGAAAACAGUGUGAUUGGAGUGCUGUCAGCUUACUGACAGUAGAGGGGUCAGACCACUGUUCAGAAGAAGAUUAUAAGGAACCUUUGCUGGCUUUGGGCCCAGGACCAUCUUAUAUUGUACAGACAGUUUCACUUCACAAUCCCCGAGUAAAGGGAAGAGAGAAGGAAAGAAGUUGGAACUCAGUUUUUUUUUUCAGGAUGGUUUAAAUUUUGUUUUUACAUGUAAUUGGAAAAAAUAAAAUGUGGAAUUUUUCACAC